UUCCUUUAGAAACUGAGUGGAUGGAGGCCCCAACAAAUUCUGCUCUCAAUGUUGAAUCAACAAAGCUUGAUUGAAGACAUAAUAACAACACACACAAAAUUCUUUCUUCUGUUUUUCUGGGUUCUCUUGAAACAAAUUGUUGAUGUUGCUGAGAGGGAGAUUUUUAUUUUUAUUUUUUUUUAUAAAAAAAAUUUGAACAUGUUAUCAGUAUUUCUUCAAAGAGAAUUUGAUAAUUUGGUGGUUGCAUGGAAUUGGGUAUAGGAAGAAGGAGGAGAAAGAAAUGCAUUGAUUGAGAUUGAGAUUUUGGUGAAACUAUGAUUAAUCCAAUGAACAAACUGAUCGCAGUAGCGAUUGAUAAGGACAGAUCAAGCCAGAAUGCUCUGAAAUGGACUGUUGAUAAUCUUCUGGUUAGAGGCCAAACCAUACUUUUGGUUCAUGUCAAAACCAAGCAUCAUGGAUCCCCUUACUCAUCCUCCUCCUCUCUUGCUCUUUCAAGGUCUAGCCAGGUGAUCGAUGUCACUGAUGAAAAUGGUGGUGCAGAAAUUGAUGCAGAAACAAGGGAGCUUUUCCUUCCUUUCCGUGUGUUCUGUACGCGUAAAGAUAUACAUUGCCAAGAUGUUGUGCUCGAAGACAUGGAUAUAGUCAAAGCAUUACUUGAAUAUGUUAGCAGAUCAGGAAUUGAAGUUUUGGUGCUUGGUGCCGCAGCAAAAGGAAGUAUUUUCAGAUAUAAAGCAAGAGAUAUUCCUGCAAGUGUGUUAAAGGGAGUUCCAGACUUUUGUACUGUAUAUAUUAUCUCCAAGGGAAAGAUAUCGUCUACAAGAUCUGCUUCUCGCGCAGCACCCGCGAAUCACCCAAUUCGUCAGCAGAUACUUCAUCAAGCGAGCAACAGGUCUAGUGCAUCUGAUGCAUUACUGACCAAUUCAAGAAAUCCGCUACCCCCAGCCACGAGAUCAUCAUCUGAUCCACAUUUGCAUGGCACUCAUAAUGAUCCUUCCUCAAUGAAGUCACCUUUCAGUCAUAGGAAUGGACCAAAUGGUAAACCGUAUGAGCUGCCUCCUCCUGAUACAGACAUAUCCUUUGUUAGUUCGGGUAGACCCAGUAUCGACAAUAUGUUUCCAUCCUUUGCUGAUAGCUUCCAAAGCAGCACAACCCCUCCUCGUCUUUCAGGCUUUUCAGAUAUGGAGAAUCAAAGUUACGAAUCAUAUCACUUUGGCCGCAGAUCAAUGGAUGUCACUUCUUCUCUAGAACUCUCAUCGCUCUCAGACAGUGAUUCAUUGUCUUCAUUACAAGCAGCGGAUGACACGGAAGCAGAAAUGAAAAGACUAAAGUUGGAGCUCAAGCAAACAAUGGAAAUGUAUAGUACAGCUUGCAAGGAAGCACUCACAGCAAAACAGAAGGCACUAGAGCUUCACCGUUGGAAGAUGGAAGAGCAACAAAGGCUAGAGGAGGCACGACUAGCUGAAGAAGCUGCACUAGCACUUGUUGAAAGAGAGAAGGCCAAGUCUAGGGCAGCUCUAGAACAUGCCGAGGCAGCUCAGAGGAUUGCGGAACUCGAGGCUCAAAAGAGAAGAAAUGCUGAAUUGAAAGCGCUUAAAGAAUUAGAAGAGAAGAACAAAGUAGUUAAUGGACCAGUAAAACCAGAAGUUAGAUAUAGGGUGUAUACAAUUGACGAAAUUGAAGUUGCAACGGAGUAUUUCAAUAAGAGCCGUAAGAUUGGAGAAGGAGGAUACGGUCCGGUCUAUAAGUGCUACCUGGAUCACACUCCUGUGGCAGUCAAAGUCCUCCGUCCAGAUGCUGCGCAUGGAAGAUCACAGUUUCAACAAGAGGUCGAAGUAUUAAGCUGCAUACGACAUCCAAACAUGGUACUUCUUAUGGGAGCUUGUCCUGAAUAUGGUUGCUUAGUUUACGAGUACAUGUCGAAUGGAAGUUUAGAAGACCGUUUGUUCCGGCGUGGCAACACACCUGCACUUCCAUGGCCACAUAGGUUCAGAAUUGCAGCUGAAAUCGGGACUGGCCUCCUUUUUCUUCACCAAACCAAGCCGGAGCCACUAGUUCAUCGUGAUCUCAAACCUGCGAACAUCCUUCUUGAUCGAAAUUUUGUUAGUAAGAUAAGUGAUGUUGGUUUGGCCAGGCUGGUUCCACCGUCCUUAGCAGAUAGUGUCACUCAGUACCGUAUGACAUCAACUGCCGGGACUUUCUGUUACAUAGAUCCUGAAUAUCAGCAAACGGGCAUGCUGGGUGUGAAAUCCGACGUGUAUUCUCUGGGGAUCAUAUUCUUGCAGUUGUUAACAGGAAAGCCACCAAUGGGUUUAACCCACCACGUCGAGAGGGCAAUCGAAAAGGGCACCUUCACCGAGGUGCUUGAUCAAAAUGUUAAGGAUUGGCCAGUUGAGGAAGCAUUGAGCUUCGCGAAACUAGCGCUCAAGUGUGCUGAACUGCGAAGGAAAGACAGACCGGAUCUCGGCAAGGUUGUACUGCCUGAGUUAGAGAGAUUAAGAGCACUUGGGGAAGAAAAACUUUCUUACCUACUUCUGUAUCACGGAGGUCACUCGCCUGUCCAAAGCCAAGUUUCUCAAGAAGAGCUGAGUUAUCCACCAACCGGACAAAACAGCUACGAAAGUUCGAAAAGCCAGCCAUUUCAAAGUUCAUGAGUGAUCUACCAAGUCGGUUAAUCAGCAUAUAUAACCUGUCCAGAAUAUAGUACAAAUCAUUAGUCCGAAAAAAUAAGAACCAUAUUUUUUUGACAAGAAUAUAAGAUCCAUGCGAAAGAACACAAUUCGAAUUCGACUAGUUGUGGAAAUGCAAUGCAGCAGCCUCACCCCACCCCCCAACCCCCCCAAAGAAAAAAUGUAUGUAUUUGAUUUAUACGUACUUAAACUUAAUACUAGCUCUAUUCUAAAACUGUAAUUAUACAUUGUGAGAGAUCGAUAAGGGUAUUAUCUUUUUCUUGCUUUUGUACAUGUAAAAAUUGUAUGACAAACAAAAGUAGGAUGCAAACUUGAGGAAGACAAAACUGGGAACUCUCAUAAACUGGAGCAUCCACUUGCAUAUAGUAUUUGGGCGACGGAAUUCUCAGAUGAAUAUUUAAACGUGACACUUUAUUAUAUAAAAAAAACAAAGUUAUAAAAUUAGUUAAUCGGUGACACUUUCGGCUACCAAUUAU